GCAGUCAGUCUGAGCCCGCCGUGGUGCUGGCCCUCGCUCCUGGCUUUUAAUGCUGUCAGCGUCUGAUGACAGGGGCCGUGUUUCCUGCCAAAGGGUCAUAAAGAAGAGUGAAGAAUGGAUUCUCUGGAUCAUAUGCUGACAGACCCUUUGGAGCUAGGACCAUGUGGGGAAGGAAAUGGUGCACGAAUCAUGGAGGACUGUAUGCUGGGUGCAACAAGAGUUAGCCUGCCGGAGGACCUUUUAGAGGAUCCUGAGAUCUUUUUUGAAGUUGUCAGCUUAUCUACAUGGCAGGAGGUGCUUACAGAUUCACAGCGCGACCACCUGAAAAAGUUCCUGCCUCAUUUCCCUGAAAAUAAUGCUGAACACCAGAACAAACUCAUCUCAUCCCUUUUCAGUGGAGAGAACUUCCGCUUUGGAAAUCCAUUGCACAUUGCGCAGAAACUCUUCCGGGAUGGACAUUUUAAUCCUGAAGUUGUGAAAUACAGGCAACUCUGUUUCAAGUCCCAAUACAAGCGCUACCUGAGCUCCCAGCAGCAGUACUUCUACCGGUUGCUCAAGCAGAUCCUUGCCUCCCGCAACUAUUUGCUGGACCUGGCUAGGAAAGGAGGGCCUGAUAUGACCCUUAAGAAGAAGCAUCCAGCACCUGCACGUGGCCCAGAAGAACGGGAUAGACGGACACAUCGGCGCUACUUAAAGGUUUUGAGGGAGAUAAAGGAGGAGUGUGGAGAUGCUACUUUAUCCUCUGAUGAAGAAGAUCUGAGUUCCUGGCUUCCAAAUUCCCCAGCCCGUUGCCCAAGUCCAGCAGUUCCACUCAGAAUGACCCCCACGUUAUCAACGCAAGACAUGAAAACAUCAGAUAAAAUAGAACUCGGGGAGAGUGACCUGAAGAUGAUGUUGAAGAAGCAUCAUGAGAAACGGAAACGUCAUCCUGACCACCCUGAUCUAAUGACAGGAGACCUGACUCUUGAUGACAUCAUGACCCAUGUGAAUGCUGGCAGGAAGGGUUCCCUGGCAGCCUUGUUUGACCUUGCAACUCUCAAGAAGAAGGUGAAAGAAAAAGAAGAAAAGAAGAAAAAGAAGCUGAAGGUGAUUAAAUCUGAGGUGGAAGAUUUGGCUGACUCCCUUAGCAAUGCUGAGGGAAUCCCACCAAUAUCUCAGGACCUGUCCCCUCCCCCUCUGCCAUCUGUUAAAGAAGAACCUCUUGAAGACAUCAAGCCAUGCCUUGGAGUAAAUGAAAUCUCUUCUAGCUUUUUUUCUCUCCUUCUGGAGAUCCUGCUUAUAGAAGGACCUGCUAGUCUCUCUGUGCUUGAGGAUAAAGUCUUGGAUUGGCAAUCAUCCCCAGCCAGUACCUUAAAUAGCUGGUUCUCCUUUGCCCCUAACUGGUCAGAGCUGGUUUUACCUGCCCUGCAAUAUUUGACAGGUGACAGUAGAGAUGUUCCUCCCAGUUUUUCUCCAUUUGUUGAAUUCAAGGAAAAAUCCCAGCAGUGGAAAUUGCUUGGCUCUUCCCAAGACCUUGAGAAGGAAUUGGCAGCACUUUUUCAACUCUGGUUGGAGACCAAAGACCAGAUGUUUUUCAAGGAAAAUGAAGACAGUCCAGAUGCCACCACACCAGUUCCCAGGGUAAGGACUGACUAUGUAGUCCGACCCAGCACUGGGGAGGAGAAACGUGUCUUCCAGGAGCAGGAGCGCUACCGUUACAGCCAGCCCCACAAGGCCUUCACCUUUCGCAUGCAUGGCUUUGAGUCAGUUGUUGGUCCUGUGAAGGGCGUGUUUGACAAGGAGACCUCAUUGAACAAAGCUCGAGAGCAUUCUCUCCUGCGAUCAGACAGGCCAGCAUAUGUCACUAUCUUGUCCCUUGUGCGGGAUGCAGCAGCCCGCCUUCCUAAUGGAGAAGGAACACGUGCUGAAAUCUGUGAACUGCUUAAAGAUUCUCAGUUCCUGGCUCCUGAUGUCACCAGUGCCCAAGUUAAUACUGUGGUUAGUGGUGCUCUGGACCGGCUCCAUUAUGAGAAAGAUCCUUGUGUGAAAUACGAUAUUGGACGUAAACUGUGGAUAUAUCUGCACCGGGACAGGAGUGAAGAGGAGUUUGAGCGGAUUCACCAAGCUCAGGCUGCUGCAGCAAAGGCCAAGAAAGCCCUUCAGCAGAAACCUAAACCUGCAGCCAAGACAAAAUCUAGCAGUAAGGAGAGCUCUGUGAAAGCGCUCCCCAGCAGCACUUCAGAGCCAGGCCAGCUGAGCCUCAGUGACUCCAGCAUGCCACCAACCCCUGUGACUCCUUUGACUCCCACCACGCCAGCAUUGCCAGCAACACCCAUUUCACCCCCACCAGUUUCUGUGGUUAGCAAGAACGUGCCUAGUGUUGGACCAGAGCCAGCUAAACCCAGCCCAAGCGUUCUCUUAGUGUCAUCCCCUGCCAUGCCGCAGCUUGGAACACUUCUUUCCACAGCUCAAAGCGCACAGACACAAGCUGGGCCGCAGCCGCCACCCCCUACCCGGGUGGUAAGCCAUACUGCCUCCUCAGGGCUUCCGCAGGUCCGUGUAGUGACUGCACAGUCCAGCCUCCCACCUGCAUCUCAGCAAGCCCCUGUGGUAGCACAGCAACCGCAACCUGCAUCAGUGCCUCAGAUCCGUGUUCCAGCUACAGCCACUCAAACCAAAGUACUGCCACAGGCUGUUAUGACCCUACCAGUGAAAGCCCAAACCAGCCCAGUGCAGGUGCAGCGACCAGGAGCUUCUGUGACAGGACAGACGGGCAUCACUGUGACAGGCCUCUCUGCAGCACCCAGUCCCACAGUAAAGCCGGUAACCAGCUCUCCUGGCAGCUCUGCACCAAGCUCCUCCUCUACCACCACGGUCAUCCAGAAUAUAGCUGGCCAGAACAUCAUCAAGCAGGUGGCUAUUACGGGGCAGCUAGGCAUGAAGACCCAGGCUGGAAGUGGCAUCCCACUCACAGCUACUAACUUUCGGAUCCAAGGCAAGGAUGUGCUGCGCCUGCCUCCCUCCUCCAUCACCACCGAUGCCAAAGGACAGACUGUGCUGCGUAUCACUCCAGACAUGAUGGCUACUCUUGCCAAGUCCCAAGUCACUACAGUCAAACUGACUCAGGAUCUCUUCACAGCUGCUACUGGAACCAGUGCUACCGGGAAGGGCAUCUCUGCAACUUUGCACGUGACAUCCAAUCCUGUGCAGUCUGCUGAUACCCCAGCUAAGACUAGUCCAGCCAGUUCAGCUUCUCCCAGCCCAGCUGGCAGCACAGUGGUUAAAGUAACUCCUGACUUAAAGACUGCAGAGUCAACAAGCUCAGCUUUCAGACUGAUGCCAGCUCUGGGCAUGACUGUAGCAGAUCAGAAGGGCAAAGCUAUUACCACAGCAGCAUCCACUGAGGCAAAGCCAGCUGCCACCAUACGAAUUGUGCAGGGGCUAGGGGUUAUGCCACCCAAACCUGGGCAGACCAUAACUGUAGCCACUCAUGCCAAGCCCUCUUCUUCCACAGUAAGCAUGCCUGGCACAGUUCACACCUCAGCAGUCUCUUUACCAACUAUGAGUGCCACAGUAUCAAAAGCGGUUGCUGUGGCCUCUGGAACAGCUGGCACUCCCAUAACCAUUGGAACAGGGGCCUCUGCUGUGAGGCAGGUGCCGGUGAGCACCACAGUGGUAUCCACAUCCCAGGCAGGUAAACUGCCAGCCCGAAUCACAGUGCCACUAUCAGUGAUCAGCCAGCCAGUGAAAGGCAAGAGUGUGGUGACUGCUCCCAUCAUCAAGGGCAACCUUGGAGCCAACAUUAGUGGACUGGGUAGGAACAUCAUCCUGACUACAAUGCCAGCUGGGACCAAGCUGAUUGCUGGGAACAAACCUGUGAGCUUUCUAACUGCACAGCAACUGCAACAGCUGCAACAACAAGGCCAGGCCACGCAGGUGAGAAUUCAAACAGUCCCCGCCUCUCAUCUUCAGCAAGGAACAGUGUCUGGUUCUACCAAAGCGGUCUCCACUGUUGUAGUGACGACAGCACCAUCUCCAAAGCAGACCCAGGAUCAGCAGUGAAUGUUGGCUGCGCAAAUGGAUUGCUUUCCAAGACCUUCUCUGAUCCUAUUAUUCUCCUGUUCAUCACCAAUCAGGACUUCAUAGGUGUAAUCACAGACUGUUCAGCCUGCAAGGUAGAAAUUUGAGAAGGCGUGUCUGUGCCAAAAGCAACAAAUGUUGCUUGCCUGGAGUCAGCAUUUUUGUAUGCAGCAGAAAUCCCAGUAUAACAUGUGAUGCUGUAUUUAAAAACCUGAACAUUUCAGUCCAGAUUUGCAAAACAAGCUCCCUAGCAGUGACCUUACUAGAGACUUCAUUCUACUCAUCUCUUUCUAGUUGCCCUUUAUGCAAAUACCAGUCUCUCAUUUCAGUAUGUUCUGGGUUACCUUAGGUAAAUAACCCAUGGUCUUCCUUAACUAGUAAAGCCAGCUGUAAAGGGAGCCAGAUUUUGUAAUUCUCUAAGGUCAUGGCCAAGCACAUCCUUAUUGGAGUCCAGUUGUCUGUUGCGUUUAUACUUUGUAGAGGUAAUUUUAAAGUUAGUGGCUUGAACACCAGAUUUUAUUUGGGACAUAGCCUGUAGUAGAUCCCUAACAAAAAUUCUAUAUAUUUAUUUAUUUUAUAGCUUUUAAAGAUUUGUCCCUGCUUCCUAACCCAUAUUCCUUGUUGAGCUGCUGUCACUGUUAAACUGAAAAGGUUUUUUCUUUUUAUCAUCUUCACAAAAGCAGGACAGAGAGUCCUUUCCCAUAAGUGUGCCUAAUCAAGGCCACUGCUGUUGUAAAAUGGCUAGUAAUUAUUGGGGGAGGAUCAGUAUAUGUAUGUCUUAUUGCAAGUGGACACCCAGCAAUGGAAUAGAAAGAAGAGUCUCUCAGGGAGUUUUCUUUCUUGCAUUCCUCACAAGAAGAUGACUGAGCCUUUUUCAGUUGGAGAAGACUGCAGUUUGCUUUUAAAGAUGGAGAACAAGCUUUCAACUGUUUGAACUGCAUUCUCACAGAUUCUUGCAGAUGAAAUGUUUAAGCUCACUGGCCUGGCCUCUGUUUUUUGUUUUUGUUUUUCUCUGAUUUUUUUUUUUUUACCUUGAUAUACAAGUUGUUGGGAUUUUGCACAUUACAGAUCAGGAAGUGAUCUGACUUUGACUUCAGACCAGUUCUGACAUCCCCUGGGUUCUUUUUCUGAAGGAAGCCAGAGGACACAUGGGGCAGAAAGAGAAUAAAGAUGCAGAAAGCCUUACAGAUCUAACUUCCCUCCCGCCUACAAGAUUAUACCUGCCAUCUCUCUUCAGUUCCCUACAGGACAGUUCAUUUUGGCAGGGAAGGAGUUUGACCAUACUGUACCAUGAACUGAAGUGUGAUCAUCUAACCUGCCAAGGGCUAAUACUAUUCUUCUACAUCUGUAAAAAGGUUUCCUUUAUGUUGUUUCUCUUGUGUUGUUUCUUUUUCUUUCUUUUUUUAAGAUGAAGUUUGCCUUUGAUUUUGUCAGUAAAUGCAUUCUAUUUAAAGAGGAAAACCCUGCUGUUUGUUACCUUCCAGUAUUUAGCUGAAUUGUGUAAAGCUGGAUUCUGCUCAAAACCUUUGGUUGUAGCUCUGUAUUGCUGGCGCAGGUACAGUCAGUAAUGUCAGUAGGAGGCUUUGAUGGAAUUCAGGUUGAAAUCUUCCAUGUUGCACAAUCUUUUUGCAAUGUAACUAACCUGGUUUGGAAAAGUCGGGUAUAAAAAAAUGGAAUUUUUAUAUAAAUCCAAGCCCAAAUCAGGAUAAUCAUUUUGUCCUAUAUCACUCCCAGUCAUGUCUAACAUAAUGGAAUUAAGUAUGGGAUGCUCCUUACAGCAUGUAGUGUACUGUAGCUUUAGGCUAGGUACAGACAUUCAAAAAGCCCGAGGUAGAAUCAGUCUAAGUUGCAUGGUUUUCUGUAAGCAGUGUAGUUUAGAUCCAUAGUGAACAGAACACACAUUCACCCUUUAGUGUGCGUGUGGAGGAACAAAUCUUACCCUGGGUUCCACCCUUUUUAAACUAGUCAAUGUGUGCCGAACUUCUGUUCUGUUACGGGUAUAGACUGGUUUCCAGUCACUUAUACCAGUAAAAGUGUAACAUCUGUAUCUGGCCUUAGUGUAUCUGGUCUCUGUUAAUUAGUUGUAUUCUGUGACACAUGAACUCCUGACAUUACUAGGAUUCAAAACACAGGAAGCCCAUCAUAUCAAGAACUUCAUUGUGGUGGUGAGAUUUCACCCCUGCUACAGAGGGAUAGAUUUACCCUAGCCCAGUCAGGUCAACGAUGCAAGAGAACUUCUCCCACCUUCCCAGAUCCUUUUGAUGGCUCCAGUUCUGCUUUGUUAAUAACAACUACUAGUAGAGGGAGAUUAUUUAUCAGAGUAACACCUCAAAUCUACUACUCAGAGGUCAGGGCUCUAUUUGUGUUCAGUGCUAUACAUACACAAUGAAAAUAGUCCCUUCCCUGAAGAACUUAACCCAUAAGUUUUUGUCACCUGUCCAGUCACUUCUCCCAAGCACAUUAACCUUGGUUCCACUAGCCCAAAAAAAUGUUGAAAGUUGUCUUCACCCAGGCUAGGUCCUCAGAACCUUGUUUCCUAGCAUCUUUGGGGUCAUUAAAUAGAGCGGGUCCUUCGUUGCUCUGCUGUAGCUACCGAACAUGGGCAUGAGCAGCCCUCCUUGGAGUACUGCUGUUCUCACCACCAUUCUGUUAGCAUUUGAGGUGAGCUCGUCUUAAAAGGUGCACUGCGGAUGGCCUGGGGGGAGUCUACACUGACGUUACACAUUCUCUCUCUGUUCUUUCGUUCUACAAGGCCUAUAAUUUGCAGGGCUCUUGUUUUGAUACCUUUUCAUCACUAAAUCUAGUGUAAAAAUUAGGACAUUGCUAUAUACAGAAAUGUGGGCUGUUUGUUUUCCACUGUGUUAAGAGAUUACAACCAAAGCUGUGAGCCAGUUCUUCUGGAUCAAACACCUCCAAGCGCUUGGGAGUAAAAGUGCCUUUAUUCCUUCUUCCUCAACCGGUGCCAUCGAUGGACUUUUUCAUACCAAGAACUAAUAAACAUUGCUUACAAAAAGUGGCCUAUA